UGGUGCACCCAGUUAAGUGCACACAUUGCAGAGCUCAAGGCCCUGGGUUUGAGGCCCUGAUCCCACUUGCAGGGGGGAUGCUUCACGAGCGGUGAAGCAGGUCUGUAGGUGUUUUUCUCUCUCCUGUUCCUCCUCCUCUCUCAAUUUCUGUCUAUCUAAUGAAAACUGGGGGGGGGGGGAAUAAAUAAAUAAACAAACAAACACUAGGAGAAGUGGGUUCCAUGUAUCCCUCCCUUACCUAACAGAAUUCCAGAACUGUGCUUGAGGCUACUCGCACCUAGCACACCAGGAGCUCCUUCAUGAUAAACCACAACUUCCUGCAGAACCUUAUCCGAGGAAUUUGUUGAGACUGCUGGAAGCUGCACCCCUACCUUCUUACUCUCAUCCCUCCUCAUCCUUUAAAACCCGCUCACGGAGAUGUUUAGCUGCUGGGUGGGUCAUGAGUCUGCCCUCUUCUCAGAUUCCGACAGCACCUGAAAUAAAAGCAUGCCCCUUGCACCAACCUUUGCCUCUAAGUUACUUAGCUGGCCUUUCUCGAGCAGGGGGUAUCCAACCUUCCUUCCGUAGCAUCACCAGAUUUCUCAUUACCUGAUUCCUGCAAGGUCUCCAUCGCUGUCUGGGUCAGCUGUUCUCACCGCCAGGGCCACGUCUGCCCUGCAGCCUCCCCAGUCCCAGCGGGUCCCGGUCUUCUCCACUUUAGCGUCUGUAACUAACUUUGGGUCUCAACCACUCAGAUGCCACAGCUCCUCUGCUCUCUGGAACCACGGCCAGUGGAGCUCACGGCUAAACAAAACUCAAAAGGACCCGGCGAGCAGGACAGGCGCAGCCCGGGGGCGCAGCUGCAGCCCAGGAGUACCCAGGUAUCCAGCCGGGGCACCGUGAAGCCGGCGUUUGGUCCCACUACGAACUACAUUUCCCAGAAGGCGCUGCAGCGCGACUCACGACAAACGGGCCCUCUCCUCGUCCAACUCCUGAGAAUAGGAGGGCGGGCUUGACAAAGAAGCACUUUUCAAAGUACUACAGUAGGUUUCUUCAGAACCCAGGGCCUGAGGCGGAGCCGGGCUCCUAGAAUCUUUCGAUGCACGGUUAUUUGAGCGGGCACAAUCUUAGAUGGGUUGGUAUAACUACGCCUAAAUAUUCACGGAAAAAGUGACGACGGGAAGUCAUUUUUUGACCCUACACGUCUCCUGACUACAUUUCCCUGCAGGCUCUUUGGCAAGAACGCGAUUCUCGCGCGUGUUCAGACUUCAAGUCACGCGCUGGCGGGAUCCUCAGGUCUGCAAGGUCUUCAUGGAGGAUAAACAAUGAAGAAAUUACUCUGGGAGCUGUGAGACAAGUGGCAGCUUAUUUAGUUUCUUUUACUUCCCCCAGAUCUACUUUUUUCCAAAAGAAUAGUCCAGAGGAAGACUGGCUUUUUUUCUACAGAUAUCAAAAUCAUGACUCAGGAGUCAGUGCUGUUCACUGAUGUGUCCAUAGACUUCUCUCAAGAGGAGUGGGAAUGCCUGAAUGAUGAUCAGAGAGAUUUGUACAGAGAUGUGAUGUUGGAGAAUUACAACCACCUGAUUUCAAUGGCAGGAUAUUCUAUUUCUAAGCCAGAUGUGAUCUCCUCCUUGGAGCAAGGAAAGGACCCCUGGCUGGUUGGCAGAGAAUUAACAAAACGCCAGUGGCAAAACUCAAGACAUGAGACAAAGAAAUUACUUCUGAAGAAGAAAAUUUAUGAAAUAGAAUCAGACCAGUGGGAGGGAACGGAGAGACUUACAAGACAUGGCUUUCAAUGCUCUAGUUUCAGAAAUGAUUGGGAAUGUGACAGCCAGUUUGAGAAACAACAGGACUCUCCGGAAAGACAUUUCAGUCAGUUAACACUCACUUCUGAAGGCAUGGCCACUUUUAAUCAUUCAUCCUUUACACUACAGGAAAUCACUGAUAAUAAAGAGAAAUACUGUGCAACUAAGAAGUGCCAGGAAACCUUUAGACAUGAAUCCCAGCUUACUACCCAUCAGAUCACUCAUACCAUUGAGAAACCCUAUGAAUGUAAGGAAUGUGGAAAGACCUUUAGACAUCCCUCAAGACUCAGUCAUCAUCAGAAAAUUCAUACUGGCAAGAAACCCUUUGAAUGUAAGGAGUGUGGAAAAACCUUUAUUUGUGGUUCAGACCUUACUCGACAUCACAGAAUCCACACUGGUGAGAAACCCUAUGAAUGUAAGGAAUGUGGGAAAGCCUUUAGUAGUGGUUCAAACUACACUCGACAUCAGCGAAUUCACACUGGUGAAAAGCCAUAUGAAUGUAAGGAAUGUGGGAAGGCCUUUAGUAGUGGAUCAAACUUUACUCAACAUCAGAGAAUUCACACUGGGGAGAAACCCUAUGAAUGUAAAGAGUGUGGUAAUGCCUUUAGCCAGAGUUCACAACUUAUUAAACAUCAGAGAAUCCACACAGGUGAGAAACCUUAUGAAUGUAAAGAGUGUGAGAAAGCUUUUCGUUCUGGUUCAGACCUUACACGACAUCAAAGAAUACAUACAGGUGAGAAACCCUAUGAAUGUAAGAUAUGUGGGAAAGCCUAUUCUCAAAGUUCACAACUUAUUAGUCAUCAUAGAAUUCAUAAAGUUGAGAAACCCUAUGGAUAUAGAGAAUGUAGGAAGACCUUUAAUUUUGGAUCACAACUGAUUCAGCAUCAAAAUCUAUACUGGUGAUAAGUCAUAAAAUAUAUGAAAUGGGGAGUUGGGUGGUAGCGCAGCAAGUUAAGCACACGUGGUGCAAAGCGCAAGGACCAGCGUAAGGAUCCCGGUUCGAGCCCCCGGCUCCCCACCUGCAGGAGAGUCGCUUCACAGGCGGUGAAGCAGGUCUGCAGGUGUCUGUCUUUCUCUCCCCCCUCUGUCUUCCCCUCCUCUCUCCACUUCUCUCUGUCCUAUCUAACAACGACGACAGCAACAAUAAUAACCACUACAAUAAAACAACAAGGGCAACAAAAGAGUAUAAAUAAAUAAACUUUAAAAAAUAUAUAUAUAUAUAUGAAAUGUAUAGAAAGGCUUUUAAUUACAACUCAAAACUAAAACUUCAGGAUAUAUCUUGAUAUAAGUUCUCUAAAUAAAAGGACAUAGAAACAUCUUAUUUGUCAACUGUAGCUUAUUCAGCUUGAGAAAAAUCACAUAGAAGAAACACGCUAGGCCUAGACUGUUUUGGAAGCCCAUUAACAAAAGAUCUCUUGACAUAGUUUGGUCUAACAAAUACUGAAAACAACAGCUAAGGCAGGGAAAUAGCAAUACAUUUCGUUAGAAGUGAAAUGGGGAUAAUUAACACCACCUACCUCAAUUUUGUGUGAGUAUUAAAACAUAAAUUACUUCGAAUUGUGCCUGUCUUAUAAUAAAUAGAUGCUCAUUGAA